AUGCACCGCCAACUUUUCCCCCGGCAACGCUUUAUUCGCGCCGUGGUAUCUCCGCCAGUCUCAGUCCCAGCUUCUUCCGCCCCCUCUCGGCUACUUCGUCAUCUCGUUCCCCGACGUCACUUUGCUCACACCCCAGCCAUGUCCGCCCAAGAGUACAAGCUCAAGGGCCUCACCUCGCUCUCCAUCUCGCCCGGCUCCAAGCAAGAGAUUGAGGUCGAGGGAAUCGAAGGCGGCAAGGUGCUUCUCGUCAAUGCCGGCGGACACAUCCAGGCUCUUGGCUCAAAAUGCACCCACUACGGUGCCCCGUUGGUCAAGGGCGUACUGACCGGCUCUGGCCGAUUAACCUGCCCAUGGCACGGAGCCUGCUUCAAUGCUCGAACUGGAGAUAUUGAGAGCGCUCCCGGGCUCGACGCCCUGCCUACCUUUAAGCUUACCGAACGCGACGGCGCCGUCUACGUAACUGGCGACGAAGCCACCAUCAAGGGCUCUCGCCGCCGACCCAACUUUGGCUGCAACACCGGCGCUACUGCUAAAUUUGAAGGCAGCACCGUUAUCAUCGGUGGUGGCUCUGGAGCUAUGGGCGCCGUUGAAGGCCUUCGCGAAAAGGGCUACGACGCCGGCAUCACCAUCAUAUCCAACGAAGGCUACCUGCCCAUCGAUCGCCCCAAGCUGAGCAAGGCUCUUAUCGCGGAUGCCGGAAAGCUUGCCUGGCGCGAGAAGAGCUGGUUCGAUGCCGGCUCUGUUAGCUGGGUCGACGGUGAGGUGGACAGCGUCGACUUUUCCAGCCGCAAGGUCAGCACAAAGAGCGGAGGCAGCUUCACCUACUCUAAGCUUAUCCUCGCCACCGGCGGCACACCCCGCGUUCUCCCCCUCCAGGGCUUCAAGGUCCUCGGCAAUAUUUUCACGCUACGCAAUGCGCACGAUACAAAGAAGAUUAACGAUGCCAUUGGCGAGAGCAAGGGCAAGAAGAUUGUCGUCAUUGGCUCGUCGUUUAUUGGUAUGGAAGUGGCCAAUGCCACCAGCAAGGACAAUACCGUCACCGUCGUGGGCAUGGAAAAGGUGCCUCUGGACCGCAUCCUCGGCGAGCAAGUCGGCGCCGCUGUCCAAAAAACGUACGAGAGCAAAGGCGUCAAGUUUUACAUGAAUGCCAGUGUCGACAAGGCCGAGCCCUCUGGCUCCGAUCCCUCCAACGUUGGUGCUGUCUACCUCAAGGACGGCACAAAGAUUGACGCCGAUCUCGUAAUUCUUGGAGUUGGUGUCUCUCCUGCCACCGAGUACCUACGCGACAACUCCGUUAUUCGUCUCGAGGAAGACGGCUCGCUCAAGACGGACGACAAUUUCCUCAUCCAAGGCUUGAAGGAUGUUUACGCGAUUGGCGACAUUGCGACAUACCCCUACAACGGACCUGGCGGCGAGGGCAAACCCACACGCAUCGAGCAUUGGAACGUUGCCCAGAACGCUGGUCGUGCUGCUGCCCAGCACAUUGUCAACCCUGCCUCCCCGGCGCAGUCUUUUAUCCCCGUCUUCUGGUCCGCGUUGGGUGCGCAACUGCGGUACUGUGGUAACGCGACCCCCUCGGUAGGCGGAUGGGAUGACUUGGUUCUUCACGGCGACGUUGGCGAGAGCAAAUUUAUCGCCUACUACACCCGCGGAGAUAUUGUGGUUGCCGCUGCUAGCAUAGGCAUGGAUCCUGCCGUCAUGCAGUCUUCAGAGCUGAUGCGCCUUGGCAAGAUGCCGAGCAAGUCACAGUUGCAGGCUGGCUAUGAUGUUCUAAGCGUGAAUCUCUCCGACUGA